GCUGUCCUACACCUUCAUUCUUACUUUGGAUUUUGGCCAGAGAGGCUCUGUUUCAAACGGCUCUUUCUGUCUGCGGGAAUUCCCGCCAGGCUUAAAAGUUAACGUCAACCUCUCUCACAAACAUAAACAUAACCUUUUCUUGAUUGGUUUAAUUACCACACACAGCAGUUGCUCUCUAUUCUGAUGGAGGCCCCAAACCCUCUGACCACUUCGUCGGAUUUCUACGCCUAUCACCUCCAAGCAUGCCUAAACAAGAGACACCCAUUUGCCGGAAAAUCCAUCCAUGCCCAGAUCAUCAAGUCAGGGCUUCACCUAGGUGUGUUCUUGAUGAACAAUCUCAUGAACUAUUACAUCAAAACUGGGUCUUAUGUCGAUGCACGCAACGUGUUCGAUGAAAUGCCUGUGAGAAACAAGUUUUCAUGGAACACGAUUCUCUCUGGUUACACAAAGCAGGGAAGGCUCGAUGCAGCUUGGGGUGUUUUUAAUGAAAUGCCUGAACGCGACUCGGUUUCGUGGACUGCGAUGAUUGUGGGUUAUAAUCAGAUGGGGAGAUAUGGUAAUGCGAUUCGGAUGUUCUUGGACAUGGUUUCGGAUGGAGUUCCUGUGACCCAGUUCACUGUUACUAACAUUCUUUCGGCUUGCGCUUCGAUUAAGGGUUUGGAUAUUGGUAGGAAGGUGCAUUCCUUUGUUGUUAAGCUCGCAGUUGGCAGUUAUGUUUCGGUUGGGAACUGCCUUUUAAAUAUGUAUGUGAAAUGUGGUGAUCCGGGGACUGCACAGAUUGUUUUUGAUAGGAUGAGAUUGAAAAAUGUAUCGAGCUGGAAUCAUAUGAUUAUGUUACAUAUGCAAUGUGGUCGUGCAGACCUUGCUCUUGCACAGUUUAAUCAAAUGACGGAGCGCGACAUUGUUUCUUGGAAUUCAAUUAUUGCUGGAUACAACCAGCAUGGGCUCGAAAUGGAAGCAGUGGCUACCUUCUUAAGUAUGGUGAAGGAUUCUUUUCUAAAGCCUGAUAAGUUCACCUUGGCAAGCAUCUUGUCAGCUUGUGCUAACCUUGAGAAGUUGGAACUUGGAAAACAAAUACAUGUUCUUAUUAUAAGAGCUGGAUUGGACACAUCCGAAGCAGUGGUUAAUGCUUUGAUUUCAAUGUAUGCCAAGUCUGGUGGGUUGGAAAUUGCUGAAAAGGUUUUAGAGCAAUGUGGGACUUCAGAUCUCAAUCUUAUAGCUUUUACUUCCUUAUUGGAUGGAUACAUUAAGGUUGGGGAUGUUAACCCAGCGAGACAGAUAUUUGACUCAUUGAGAGAAUGUGAUGUGGUAGCAUGGACAGCUAUGAUUGUCGGUUAUGUGCAGAAUGGGUUGAAUAAUGAUGCUUUGGAGCUCUUUAGGUCAAUGAUAGAAGGAGGCCCCAGGCCAAACAACUACACCUUAGCAGCUAUGUUAAGUGUCAGUUCAAGCUUGGCUUCUUUGGAUUAUGGAAAACAAAUUCAUGCAAGUGCUAUACGAACAGGAGAAGUGUCUUCGGUUUCUGUGGGCAAUGCUCUAAUUACCAUGUAUUCCAAAGCUGGAAGCAUCAGUGGUGCAAAGCAAGUUUUCAAUCUGAUUGACCGGAAUAGAGAUACUGUUUCUUGGAGUUCCAUGAUUAUAGCCCUGGCUCAACAUGGUCUUGGGGAAGAAUCCAUUGAACUAUUUGAGAAGAUGCUGUCACUUGGUAUUAGGCCCGACCAUGUAACUUAUGUUGGGGUGCUCUCUGCUUGUACACAUGUGGGGUUGGUCGACCAGGGCAGGAGCUACUAUAAUUUGAUGAGGAGUGUACACAAGAUUGAACCCACCCAUAGCCAUUAUGCAUGUAUGGUUGAUCUGCUUGGGCGUGCUGGGUUACUUCAAGAAGCAUACGACGUGAUACAAAAUAUGCCAAUUGAACCUGAUGUAAUAGCUUGGGGUUCACUUUUAUCUGCUUGUAAGCUUCAUAAAAAUGUUGAUUUGGCUAAAGUUGCAGCAGACAAAUUGCUCCUUAUUGAACCAGACAACAGUGGGGCCUAUUCAGCCCUUGCUAAUUUGUAUUCAGCUUGUGGAAGGUGGGUAGAUGCUGCAGAAGUAAGAAAGCUAAUGAAGAAUAGGAGAGUGAAGAAAGGCCAAGGAUUUAGUUGGCUUGAGUAUCAGAACAAAGUCCAUGUGUUUGGGGUUGAUGAUGGAGUUCACCCACAGAGAGAUGGAAUCUACAAGAUGAUGGAGAAAAUCUGGAAAGAGAUUAAAAAUAUCGGUUUUGUCCCUGAUACUGAGUCAGUAUUGCACGACGUUGCAGAAGAAUUGAAGGAGAAGAUGCUUAUGCAUCACAGUGAGAAACUUGCAAUUGCAUUUGGGCUAAUAAAUACUCCAGAGAACAGUACGCUGAGGAUUAUGAAGAACCUCAGAGUUUGUAAUGAUUGUCACUCUGCCAUUAAAUUUAUAUCCAAGCUUGUGGGAAGAGAAAUCAUUCUGAGAGACGCUACUCGUUUUCACCAUUUUAAGAAUGGGACUUGUUCUUGUCGGGACUAUUGGUAGGCAUAAGGAUGAAGAUUUAAAGAUGGUUUAGUGUUCAAGUGUACAAAGAUUGUUGUAUGUAGAGGUUGAUACUCUACAUUAUCCAAAAAAAAGAGAAGAGGUUGAUACUCCACAAAAGCAGCAG